AUGGGCCCUUUUAUCGUCCUAAUUGCCCUGACUCUAGUCUUCUCCUACCCGCUAUACCGACUGUUUCAGGUUGGCCGUCGACAUCCACGCAUGCCCCCAGGGCCACCUACAAUCCCAAUCCUAGGCAACGCUCACCAAAUACCGAUCACAGGCCUGGGGAGAAAGUUCAAGUCCUGGGCCGACGUAUAUGGGCCUAUCUUCUCUUUGACCAUCGGUCCCACGAAUAUUAUUGUUCUCUCCGAUCGGCGAGCUAUUAACAAUCUCCUGGAGAAGAAAGGGAGCAUCUACUCAGACCGACCAUUCAAUUACGUCUCCAACUUCGUGACUCAUGGUGACCAUUUGACCCUUGAGCCUCAAGGCCCCUCAUGGAGAGAGAAGCGAACCGUUGUGACGCGAAACCUGAACCCCAAGUCGCUGGAUGAGAAGCACUGGAAGAUACAAGAAGCAGAGGCGGUUAUAUUCAUGAAUAAUAUUCUCAAGGAUCCAUCCAGAAUAUUUGACUACGCCCGUCUGUACACUGUCUCAGUGGCAGGAUCGCUUAUCUGGGGGCACAGAGCGACAAGCCUGGAGUCAUUUUGGUACAAAGACUUUUACGAGCUAAUGGACCUAUGGCUUCAUGUUCAGGAGCCCGGGGCUAACCCCCCGAUCGAUGAGUUCCCAAUUCUGAAAUACCUUCCUGGUGGUUGGAAGAGUAGGGCCGAGAAGUGUCGCAAAAUGAUGGACGAAAUGUGGGAUAAGGCUCGAGCUAUCGUCGAUGAGCGAAGAGCCCGCGGAGACAAAAGAGACUGUUUUAUUGAUGCCAAAAUCGACGAAUAUAAUGAGAAAGGCUGGCCUCUAUCGACACAUGCUUUCAACAACCUUUUCGGAGAACUUCUUGAGGCAGGCGCAGAUACAACUGCGAACCAUAUUCUAACACUAAUUCUAGCCAUGGCGAAAUAUCCCCACGUUCAACAACGCGCAAGAGCAGAGAUCGACGCUCUUUGUGGGACUGACAGGGCACCAUUAUUUUCAGAUUUCGACAAGCUACCGUAUAUUAACUGUAUCGUCAAGGAGGGAAUGAGAUGGCGACCUACAGCUCCUGCAGGUCUUCCUCAUAUGGUCACCCAAGAUGAUGAGUACGAGGGAAUGCUAAUCCCUAAAGGCUCGAUGGUUUUUGUGGGCAUAUGGGCCUUGCACCACAAUGAAUCGGAUUUUCCAAAUCACGACCAUUUCAAUCCAGACCGCUACCUUGACCAUCCCAAGUUAGCAAACGAGUACGCAGUCAGCCCUGACUACAAUAACCGAGAUAAAAGAAUGUGCCCUGGCUUGCACUUGGCAGAAAGAAAUAUGUGGCGGAUCGCGGCGAAGCUACUAUGGGCAUUUGAUAUCUCCGAACCAAAGGAUCCUAUUACUAGCGAGGUCAUCCAUCUCGACGAGAACGCAUACACGUCGGCUAUUCUGAUGUGUCCAUUACCUUUCAAGGUCGAUAUCACGCCGAGAAGUGCGGAUCAUCUGGCAUGUAUUGAGCGGGAACUGUCGAGCGCAAUGAGCUUCAUGUCCCAGUGGAACUAG